UACAAAACCAAUUUGUGCACAGAGGUUUUAGUUGUGUCCGCGUGUGGUUGGUUGGUGAAAAUGUCAAAUAUACAGGAGACGUCUUGUGAAGACGAUUUAAAAGAAUUGUUGGUCUCUUGGAAGUUGGAAAAUAUUUUAUGCCAUUUAAUUGCGGAAAAUAUAACUGUGGAAAUAUUGGAAAUAAUGAAGGCUUCCCACAUAAAACCAUUACUUUAUAAAUUCUCCUUGGGCACACAAAUACGUUUUGAACACAAUUUAGAACAAUGGCGAUCUAAAAUUGGCAAACCCCUAAAAUACCGCUCAUACAAUGACAGAAAUCAAAUUAGGAAAUCAUUGCCAAAGAAAGAUCUUUCAAUGAUAAUAAAAACUGAACCAUCUAUUAACUUCCAUGACAGCAAUGAAAUCACCAAUAAAGAACAAAAUUGUAUUUCUUUAAUAAACCUCAAAGAAAUACUUGCAAAAUGCACUCCCGAUGGUCCAGAACUUUUACAGAUAUAUAAAACAAAUCAUACUUUCUCCAAACCCGAACGAAGUCAUUUAAUUAACAUUAUUGUGAAUUAUUAUUUGAAACAUAACCUAGCAUUCAAUUUGCAAGUUAGUCAUGAAUUGGAAACUGCUAUUCUAUCAAUGUUUCCAAAUGAAAAAUUGGAAAUGUAUAGAAAUACAAAGCAUGGCAAAUUGUAUAACAAAUAUUUAUUGGCUAAAGCUGUUUAUAAUAAAGAAGUUAAUGAAUCGAGCGAAGAUUACAGUGGAGAUGAAGUUAGGAUUUCAAAAAAUGUUGAGCAAAAUAAUAGAGCAACUGGAAAUCGCCUGAAUAUGGAGAAUGAACAAAGUGAAAGUUUGUUGAUAGCUCCUGAUUAUUAUGGAGAGGAUACAGCGGUCACUGAUAUGCCAACAGAAAUUUUGCUACAAGUCCUACACAAUGGAUGUAAUAAGUUUAUUAAAAUAUUUGAGCCCUAUUUGUAUGCAGAUUUUUUCUUAGCAGCCUGUUCUUUAUUUAAUAUUGUCCAAAAACGUGAUUUCUAUGUUGCGGUAAAUGAUUGUGAAAUUUUGCCGGAUGAUUUCAAAAAUGUCAUACUACAAUAUUACAAAUUGCCCACGUUCAGCAUUGAAUUGAAGGAAAAAGCCAUUCCUGUUCAACUUAGCAAAACAGAAGAUUUUGAAAAUUCCCGCUCAGGUUCAAGUACGUUUGCACAAUCUAGUGCAUAUACCCCCUUAAAGAGCUUUGGGAAUAAUAGCACAAAUAAUAAUUCGUCCGUGCAAGUAAUUUAUAAUUAUUUGCCAGAUGCCAAUGACAUACGUAAUAUACCGGCUCUAUUGCCCAUUAUCAAAAUGUCGGAUGAUGGUAAAAUGCUGGAAAAUAGACAUCGUGCUACGAUUGCCAAAGCCAUAGUAGACGAAUGUUUAAAUUUUCAACCAGAAAGGAUUCUCAAACGCCAGGAUUUCUUUACCCUAACACAAAAUUUGGUAUGUGCCUUUCCCAAGGAGGUAGAGUCAACCUAUUUCAUACCCGCCCAACCCAAUUAUCAUGCCCGUGGUAAACUAUGGAAUGCCUAUAAUAACAAACGACGAAUCCUGGCUAGUUCUGGAGUUUUGGAACGACGCAAUACUCUUAGUAACAAACGCAAACAUCAAUCCGAUGGGGAGAGUGAUAAAACAAAUGACAAAGUCUAUGUUACGGAUUAUUCCUUAGAAGCUAUUGACUUUUCUUUAAAUUCCAUACUUGACUGGGAUACUAUACAACAGAAAUGGUCAGAAUCCCAUCGAGGUAGAAGGGAGGAGUUGUUAAAAGAGAAACUACUGCCAGAAGACUACUUGAACAAAUAUUCAAUAUUGAAAUCUAAUCGAGGAAUUGAAUUAAUGGAAAUCGAUGUGAAAAUUUUGCAUCCCUCAGUGGUUAAUAUUAAUAAUUGGUUGUCGUUAUAUACAAGAAUUGUAGAUAGGGGGCGUACAUUGCGCAAGGUGGAGGCAAUGCCAAAAAUUUUGGAAAACAUUGAUAGCUCAAGUGAUGAAAAAUAUCGUGCCAGUUUAGCUUUAUUAAUUAUUCCCUAUAUAUUUCCUUAUAAUGCCAGACGCAAUGAAAUCAGCAACGAAAAGGCUACCAAAUUUGCCAUACAAAAAAGAUUUAUUAAAGAAUAUUCCUCUCUGAGUGAACUAAAAUCCGAUACUGAAUGUACUGAUUUACAACUUCGCUUUGUGCAUUGCAACCAGCAGAUAAAUUAUGCAGAAUAUAAAAUUUGCGGACAUGUCAUCAAGUGUGUGGACUUAUUGGAGGCCUUAAAUUCAAUUUUCCACUAUAUAGUGGCUUUGAAUAUUGAAUAUCCCCGAAUGUGUCUUCAUUUAUGGCAAUUCAUACAGUUGGCCAUAUUUCAAAUUGAAAUACAGGAUUGUAUGCAAGCGAAUGUUGAGAGUACUUAUAAUGAUUUAUGUAGAUCUUGAUUUU